CCAUUUUCUACCCUAAAAAAGAAAACAAAAAGCAUGGCUCAAGCCAUGGCCGGAAAACCUUUGAUCGCUCGCUGGAAUUCUGACAUAAUUGUUGGAAUUUCCGAACAACACACGAGCUUCGCCGACAAUGUUUUCAGCUUCUUGGAAGCUCAAGAAGAGUCACCCAAGAGUUCUUGUGACUCUAUUGAUUAUGUUGAGUAUGAUGAGGAUGAGAAUUCUUGUAGUAUUGAAGAAAACAGAAAAUUCUGGGAAACACAAAACCAACUUCUUCAGGCAACAUUGUAUAGGACUAGUUCCCUGGAAACAAAAAUCCGUCAAGCUACAAAAGCUGCAGUAAGGGAGACUAAGCUGAUAGGCCUGCAAUGCAGGUGUCACAAGGCGGCGACCGGAGAGUGCCGGAAUUGCUUGCAGAGGGAGGUUUUAUUACGGCUUCAAGCAGAAGGUUAUAAUUGUGCCAUUUGCAAGUCAAAAUGGAAGAGCAGCCAGGAAAUUCCAUCAGGGGAACACACUUACUUAGAAGUGGUGGAUAAAUUGAGCUCGAAGAAAGGGGAAGUGAGAGUGAUAAUAGAAUUGAACUUUCAAGCAGAAUUCGAGAUGGCAAAAGCAAGUGAAGAGUAUAAUCAAUUAAUUAAUCGGCUGCCUGAAAUAUUUGUGGGAAAAGCAGAGAGGCUAAAAGCCUUGAUCAAAAUAUUAUGUUCAGCAGGAAAAAAGUAUAUGAAGGAGAAGAAGAUGCACUUAGGUCCCUGGAGGAAGCACAAGUACAUGCAAUCCAAGUGGCUUGGUACUUGUGAGAGAACCACACUGCUCGCUCCAUUGCCUGUCGGAUUUUCUAACCGGCCGGCCAAGCCUAAGGCCUCCAUGUUAACUUAUGAUUUGUUAAAGACUUUGCCUGUCUUGCACCUUACUGCAGUUAAAGUUUUGUGAUGAUCUAAAAUGUAUACAUAUAUAUA